CCUUUUUCUUACUGGGUGGUUCUGUCAACACACUCGCGCGAUCCGGCAGUUCUCUUUGCCCACCCCAAACAAACGCAAAAAACAUGCGCGCACCCUCGAAAAACGACCCCACCGAGGGCGGAACAUGGAAAAGGGGGAUGAAGGAGGUAGCACAUUUUUGACAGCGUGAACCCACCAACACUUCACAACCUGAUGAAAUGAUUCAUCGCCCCGGUUGGUAGGCGCAGAACGGUGGCGAUGUCUACAUAGAUCCGCGCUCAGUUCGUGGCAUAACGUUGUACAUCGAACAGCAGCAGCAGCAGAAGUAGCAGCAGCUUCUUCGGCUAAAGGGUGUGUGGGGAAGUGUGCCUUGUGCUGCUGUUGUUCCGAUUGACGCAAUCAUGGAGUGGUAGUGGCGUGUGAAUGUACCGUGCUUUUUUUUGUUCCUUCCCACCAAGACAAGAAAAAGGGUAUUCUUGGCGCUGCGGACCGGUUUGCUACCGAAAAGGGUGUGUGUGUGUACUUGAGGAGCCCAUAAUUACCUGCAUGCGGGCAUAGGAGCGAGCGUGCGAAAACAGAGGAAAAUGCGGCAAAAGUAAUGCCGACAACGGAUGUGUGCUAUUCCCGCAGAACAACAGUGUGCCUUACAUCCAAGUAACACUUGGCAACACAUCAUACACACGCAUACGGGGCGAGAUUUGUUUUCUUCCCUGCUCCUGCAAAGAAGUUGUAAAUAAGCGAACGUGCAAUCGGGGUGCGGUGGAAAAUAUUCGAAUUUUGGGAAAAUUCUGGAGCAGCCCUCCCGCAGCAACAUGUCUACCUCAAACUGGGACAAAUUUGUGCUGCUACUGUGGAAGAAUUGGAUCAUCCAGAAGCGCCACUACAUGCAGACGCUGUUCGAAAUAACGAUUCCGGUGCUGGCCUGCUCGCUGCUCAUACUGGUGCGCGGUCUCGUAACGCCUACCAUCUACACCGAAACGACGACCUUCCGAACGUUAAAUGUUCGCAGUUUGGCCAUGAUACGCGAGAUGCUAACGACUCAUCCGAUCGAGCUGAAAAUUGCCUACUCACCGCACAAUGACGUGCUCGACCGGGUGGUGCACCGUGCGGCCCGGCUACUCGGCAGCGACGUCCUUCACCAGGGCUACAACGAUAGCGAAAGCAUGUACAACGAUCUCGUCACGCAUAACUACCUCGCGGGGCUGGAGUUUGACCAGCAGUUCAAGAACAUCACGAGCCUUCCGGAGCGGGUCGACGUUGCCAUUCGGAUGCCGAGCGAGAUGCGAACGACAACCCUGCCGGGGGCUCAGUUUUGGGCCAACUGGCGCACCUUUCUGAUCUUCCCACAGUUUCAGGUGUACGGUGCGCGGGCCGUCAACGCGAGCGACGGUGGCUAUCCGGCCAACUACUACGCGGAAGGGUUUGCCUCCGUCCAGAAUGCGAUCAGCCGUGCGGUACUGGAGAUGCACAGUGGCAGGGAAGAUGCAGUGCCGCACGUUGAUCUUCAGCGCUUCCCUUAUCCACCCUUUUACGAUGAUCCACUGCUGAGGGGGAUGGAGAAUCUGUUCCCCUCCAUCAUCAUGGUGGCCUUUUUCUACUCCUGCAUCAACACGGUCAAGUUUAUAACGCUCGAAAAGGAGAAACAGCUGAAGGAAUCGAUGAAGGUGAUGGGCCUGAACGGAUGGAUCCACUGGACGGCCUGGUUUGUGCGCACCGUGACGCUUCUAACGUGUUCGGUCACGCUCGUCACCGUGCUGCUCAGCUUCAAUCUUACCACCAACACGAACGUGGCCAUCUUUCAGUUUUCCAACCGGUUUCUGAUCUGGCUGUUUCUGUUUGUGUACAGCAUCACAACGAUAAUGCUCUGCUUCAUGAUCAGCACCUUCUUCUCUAAGGCGAACAUUGCCUCGGGAAUGGCUGGCAUCAUCUGGUUCUACUCACUCACGCCUUUCCACCUGACGUACGGCAGCUACGACAGCAUGUCACUGGCGGCAAAGCUCGCUUCUAGCCUCUGGUGCAACACGGCCAUGGGCUACGGUGUGAUGCUGUUCAUGAAGCACGAAGGCACCUCGAUCGGGCUGCAAUGGGACAACCUGUUCUCCCCGGUCACCGUCGACGAUCAGCUUACGAUGGCACACAUCUUCGGCAUACUUCUGUUCGAUGCCGCCCUCUAUCUCGCUGUGGCACUGUACAUCGAGCAGAUCGCUCCCGGCCAGUUUGGUGUACCGCGCCGGUGGAACUUCAUCUUCACCACCAGCUUCUGGAUGGAGGAAGUGCUCCGGCGCAAGUCAACCACGGACAUCGUUGGUGGUAGCGUAGCGACAGAGGAAGCCGAGCGUUUAAAAUCAUCCGGCCGAUAUCAUGCAAACAUGGAGGAAGAUCCCACCGACAAGCAGAUCGGCAUAAGUUUGGUGGGACUAACGAAGGUUUACCCCAGCAAACGUACCAUCCGGCCGGCGGUUAGUGGGCUUACGGUGAACUUUUUCCGAGAUCACAUUACCGUCCUGCUCGGCCACAAUGGGGCGGGCAAAUCGACCACGAUGGGCAUGCUGACGGGCAUGUACCCACCGACGGCCGGGUACGCUACGAUUGAGGGUCACCGGAUCGGAGGCAGCGCCGUGAAUCAGUUCCGCAACACGCUCGGUUUCUGUCCGCAGCAUAAUGUGCUGUUCGAUGAGCUGACCGUUGCCGAACACAUACGGUUCUUCGCUCGGCUGAAGGGCAUCCGGGAGGACGAGUACAUCGAGCAGGAGAUCGACAAGUACCUGCAGGCGCUUCGGCUCGAACCCAAGCGCCAUGCGCAGUCGCACACCCUUUCCGGUGGUAUGAAGCGCAAGCUUUCGCUGGCCGUCGCUCUGUGCGGUGGUUCGCGGGUUGUGUUCUGUGACGAACCAACGUCCGGAAUGGAUCCCGGCGCAAGGCGCACCGUUUGGGAUUUGCUGCAGCAGGAAAAGCGCGACCGUACCAUUAUCCUUUCCACGCACUUUAUGGACGAAGCGGACGUGCUUGGCGAUCGUAUCGCUGUCAUGUGCGAUGGGGAGCUGCGGGCGGUCGGUACGCCGUUCUUCUUGAAGAAACGCUUCGGCGCCGGCUAUCGGUUGGUGUGCGUGAAGCGGCCCGACUGUAAGCCGGACGUGCUCACGAACUUGAUGCGCAAACACGUGCCGGAUGUGGCGAUCGAGUCGGACAUUGGUACGGAGCUAAGCCUGCGACUUCACGAACAGUAUCGGGGCAAGUUUCAGCCAGCGCUGAAGGAGCUCGAGCAGAACGUUGACCAGUGUGGCAUCUCGAGCUACGGCAUUACGCUGGCCACGUUGGAGGAAGUGUUUAUGAGGUUGGGCAGCGAUAGUUACAACGAAGAGCUUGCACAAACCAGCAAUGGAGGCAGCUCGAAGGAUGGAAAGCAUCUCACGAACGGAACGCACCCGGCACCGCCUCCAAUUACCAUCACGGAAACGUACGAACUGCAAAAAGGCUUACCGCUCCUCUGCAGCCAGAUACGGGCCAUGUUCAGCAAGAAGUAUCUCAGCUUUAUACGAUCGUGGAAGAUAUCGUUGCUGCAAAUACUGCUGCCCACAAUGUUUGUCCUGCUAGUUAUUGCAGUCGUACACUUCUUCCCGAACAAUGUCGUCCUGCCGCCGCUGAAGAUAACGCUCGGAAGCUACGAUCGUACUGUUACCGUUCUGUCGACGAACGAUCGCAAUGCAUCGAUUGUUGCCGCAUUUCAAGAGACGAUCGCGGAUGCGCCACGACCCGAUCGACACGAACUCAUAGUGACGAAUCGAAAUUUUCAUGCAUUUAUUUUAGAAAGGUCCUUGGAAAACAUUCGUGCCGUGGAUAAUACGUACAUGAUAGGCGCCUCCUUGGAUGCGGCUCGUCGCACUUGCAUUGCCUGGUUCAACAACAAGGCGUACCACACGAUACCCCUGACGCUCAGCGUGCUUUACAACGCGAUCGCACGCACGAUCUGCACCAAUUGCAGCCUCACCGUGACGAACAAACCGCUCCCGUACAGCAGCCACGUGCGGUUUCUGCGCACCCAGUCCGGCAGUAACCUGGGCUUUCAGCUUGCCUUUAACUCCGGCUUUGCGAUGGCGUUCGUCGGUGCGCUCUACAUUAUGUACUACGUGCGGGAAAGGGCCACCGGGUCGAAGCUGCUACAGUUUGUGAGCGGCGUGAACGCGAUCACCUUUUGGGCCGUUUCCUUCCUGUGGGACUUUGGGGUGUACUGUGUGGCGAUGGCACUGUACCUCGGUACGCUGGCCGCCUUCGGUGAGGAGGGCUGGUCAACACCGCAGGAGCUUGGGCGCGUCGCCUUUGUGUUCGUUUGUUUCGGGCUGGCGAUCAUUCCGUUCACGUACCUCGGUGCGUACUGCUUCGAGGUACCGUCGACCGGGUUCAUCAAGAUGCUGAUCUUUAACAUAUUCACCGGGACGGUCGCGUUUACGGCCGUGUUUCUGCUGAAGGUGAAGGACUUUGAUCUGGCGCACGUGGCAGAAACGAUGGAGUGGUUCUACCUGGCAUUCCCGCUGUUUGCGCUCAGCCACAGCUUGAACAACAUCAACGUGAUGCAGAUGACGCGCCAGAUCUGUGAUGCGCAUUGCGACGCGAUGCCACUGUGCACGCCCAAGCUGGCUUGCAAAUUCAACAAACUGUGCUGUGACGUGGAGAUAUUUUCAUUCAAAUCGAGUGGAAUAAACCGUAAUCUCGCUUACCUGCUCGGCGUUUCGGUGCUGUCGUUUGCCAUACUGCUGCUUAAAGAGUAUCGCAUCAUGGCCGAGCUGAACGUGACCGGCUGUGUGACGAGCUGGUGGUCGAAUCGAAAACGCCGGGCAGCACCACAGACCACCUCCGACGAAACGGAAUCCAUCGCCAUCGGGGAAGAUUCGGACGUUGCGGACGAGCGCAUAAGGGUAGACCAUCUCUACGAGGAGCGCGUGCACCAGUCACAGACCGGGGAGGCUUUGCUAAUGCUCCGCGAUCUAACAAAACACUACGAAAGCCGAAUGCCGCCCGCCGUCGAUCGACUCACGUUUGCCACUGGUGAGCGCGAGUGCUUCGGGCUGCUGGGCGUGAACGGGGCCGGCAAAACGUCCACAUUCCGGAUGCUGACCGGUGAUCGAAGCAUCAGUGCCGGGGACGCGUGGGUUGCUGGGUACAGCUUGCGGACGCAGCUUCCCGCCGUGUACCGGAAGAUUGGCUACUGUCCCCAGUUUGACGCGCUGCUCGAGGAUCUAACUGGGCGUGAAACGUUGCACAUCUUUGCCCGGCUGCGGGGCAUUCCGAAGCAAGCGAUCGGCUCGAUCGUGGACAGGCUUGCGGUGGAGCUGCACUUUACCGUGCACCUGGACAAACCCAUCCAGGCGUACAGUGGAGGGACGAAGAGGAAGCUGAGCACCGCGCUCGCCCUGCUCGGCGAUCCGGUGGUGGUGUAUCUGGACGAACCGACGACCGGGAUGGAUCCGGGAGCGAAGCGCCAUUUCUGGAACGUAAUGUGCCGGGUGCGGUCGGAGGGUAGAACCGCCCUGGUGCUAACCUCCCACAGCAUGGAGGAGUGUGAGGCGCUCUGCACGCGGCUUGCCAUAAUGGUGAACGGCGAGUUUCGCUGCCUCGGGUCGGCUCAGCAUCUGAAAAACAAAUUCUCCCACGGGUACUUCCUCACGAUGAAGCUGAAACGAACGGGAGACGGUUCGAGUAAGGAAACGGAGCAGCGAAAGCAGGCGAUCAAAUCGUUUAUGCAGCAAACCUUCUCAGUUCGCGCGGCCACCGCCGCCGGUAGUAGUGGUGGUGGUGCCGGCGGCAGCGGCACAGCCCGCCCUGGCCCCGUCGCUCCCGUCGCCGGCGCCGCAGGGGGUAGUGGUGGUGGUGGUGGUAAAGCGGUUCUGAAGGAAGAGUAUCACAACUACCUCACCUAUCACAUCCGGGACUCGGGGCUCCGCUGGUCGGAGAUGUUCGGCAUGCUUGAGAAGGCCCGGGAGCAGCUGCAGCUCGAAGACUACGCCCUCGGGCAGACAACGCUCGAGCAGGUGUUCCUCACACUCACGGCUACCCAGCGGUCCUGCAACGAAUAAUAGAUCAAUUUUCGAAUCCUAGUCUAACACUGUAUACAUAUUGCUUUCUCAGUACUUUCAUCACCGGGGGGAGGGCAAGGGGAACGCACGGUUUCCCCCGGGUACGUUAGGUUAGUAUACGUUUCUGCAUCUCUCUCAAUGACAAUAUAUAGGAACAAAAUCGUAGUAGAUGCCUUAUUGCCCCGCCACACACUCUAGUCUAAUUUACAUUUCUUUCCAAUGCCGGGCUCAGGCAGGCUCACUAACACGCACGGCAGCACUUACAGCGCGAACAAAUAGCUCGAAUAUGGGGGGGUCUCGGCACCCGACCGACCUGAUUGUGAUCAACCGCGACUUAAUAUUACCGCGAGAAGUAUUUCCGCUUCGUAGAGGUUGCGCAGAGGUGCAAAUAAAAAGUUGUUACACUUUAACGAAA